UUUAUAACGUUAACUUCUCUGCUUCCCCUCUCUCUCUUACUUCUUCUUCUGGCCGCGCCGAAAUUUCUCUCUGAUCACUCUCUCCCGCGCUCCAAUCUCUCUCUUCUUUUCCUUCUCUUUCCUUUCGUUGUUCCUCCAUACCUUUUUUUCUUUCAGCUGGGUCGGCUGCAUUUUUCUCUCUCUUAGUCUCCUCUGACCCUUCUUUGUAAUUCCCUCUUUUCUUUGUGCUGCAUGUCAUUGCUGAUUUUGGAAAUUGAAGUUCGUGUCUGCUUCAUCUGGGUGUUUUUGGGGUUGGUAGAUGAGAUGACUUGAGAAGGAUUGAAUUAUUGGAGAUAAGAAUGUCUUGUGCCACCGUAUAGCCAUUACGGGAUCAAAUAAAAAUGCUGCACGGAUUAAGUUGGAUAUUUCGUUGAUAAAUUCAAAUAGGAAGGGCAGGGGGAGGAGCUAGUCUGGGGAACCAUUUCUUGGAAUGGAAAGUCAUAGCAAAGCUAAUAGUCGGGAGGAUCUAGAGGUUGACAUAAUUGAAGGUUCGAAUAAAACUGAUCCCAAAUUUUGUGGGAAAGAAGACCCUGAUGCAACUGAAUAUUCAAGCUCAUUCGGGGAGACUUCUGAUGCGGAUAAUUGUUCAGGAUUCAGCGAAGGAGAAGUAGAAACUCAAUUUUUUGGAGACAUCGGCUUGCCACCCACAUUUGGUUCCUUUAGCAGCACGCUUCAAAUAAGGAAGAGGAAGUUAACAGCUCACUGGCAAAACUUCAUCCGCCCUCUAAUGUGGCGCUGCAAGUGGACAGAAUUGAGAAUUAAAGAAAUUGAGUCACAGGCAUUGAAAUAUUCCAGAGCACUUGCAGUAUAUGAACAAGAAAAAGUUCCUGCCCAUGAUCCAACAAUGGAAGAUUUUUUUUCAAAAACAUUUCCAUUUUCUAGCCAAUAUUACAGAAGAAAGGCAAUGAAACGAAGAAAACGGAAGAAAAUUGAAGAUGCAAUUGAUAUAUCAUCCUAUAUGUCACAUCAUAACCUUUUCUCAUACUUUGAAAAUAAGAGAUCUGAACUAGAUGGUACUUCUGUAGCUGAUGAAUUUGCAAAUCCAGUGAAAGUGGAGAAAAAUGCUGAUUCUGAUGACAAGUUUGGGAUUAAUAACGACUCCAUUCUUGAGUCCAGAGACACCGAUAACUCUCUGGAACAAGUACUCUGGAAAAUUGAAGUGGUGCAUUCUCGACUACACAAACUAAAGGGUCAAAUGGAUAAGGUGAUGUCAAAAAAUGCUGCAAUAUUUUCUUCCUCAGAGAAUUUGAGCCUUCUUGCACCUUGUGAGGCACAGACCAGCUCUGCCCCUAGUCCUACAUUUUCUGCUGGAAAUGGAGAAUUAUCAGUCAGUGUUAUGUGUGCAUCGACUCAACGUAUAUCAGAAUGUGAUAUUGGGGAUCUAAUGAAGCCUGAAAGUGCUAUUUCAAGCUUUGGGGAUGCAAUAUUAGUUCCUGAUAUUAUUGAAAGUACAGUUGGGAAUUUGACUGCUACUGAUGUUUCACUUCCUCAACCCCAAAUUGGGGACUCAACUGAGGCUAUUGUUGAUAAUGUGCUGACACACAACGAGGUGGUUGAGGCAGAGAGAAACACGGAUAGCAAGGUUGUUGCACAGCCAGUUGAAAAGCAUCGUGAACCAGAAAAAGUCAGCCAAGGGGAAGGCACCAGCCUCAGCUCAAAUCCAACAACACAACCUGAUCCUAUGGGAAAAGCUUUGGUCUCUGAGGAACAAUCAGCUCUUAAGAAAUGUUUAGCUUCAGAUAUCAACUUCCCCAGGAACAAGAGAAAACGAGGGGAAAGAAAAGCGGGACCAGGGAGUUGGAACAAGAAACAUUCGAGCGAACCCGAUAGUCAGUAAGUGAUUUACCUUUGUCCAUUAGAGUAACUGGAGCUGGUCAGGCGUAAAAUCUCCACCUUGCCAUUAGCUGUUGGUAUAGGUACGUAAUGACCAGUUUUCAGGUUUAGGUCUGACAGAGUAAUUUACAAAAUGGAGCAUCUCUCUAUUGUUGCUGCCUCAAUGAGUUAGAGAGUGAUCCUGAGUUUUACUUAUGUAACUUUUCUGUAUAAUGUUUAUUAGGAACCGAUCUCUCUCUUAGUCUUAAGUUGGUUUAGAUCUCAAUAAAAUAACUUUUGCCAA